AUGGCUGAGAGCGUCGCCGUUCCCUCCCCCGCAGAACUUCAAGCUCAUCUGCAGUCGUUACUCGAUGCUAAGGAACGACAGCUGCAGCAGGCCGGCACCCUCGGCCAGCGUGUACUAGCACAGCAGAUGGAGCUGGAGGAACGUAUCCGCCAACUCCAGGCUUUGACACCAGGCUUGGAUGGAUACCAGGGGGAAGAUGUCUAUGGCGACAUUGCCAGCAAUUCCGUUGGUUCUGGCCUUGAUCGGGAGGCCAUUGAGCGCUACCGGGAUCUCGCCACCACCGUGAUGCAAUGGGACGAGGAAAACAGGGUCCUCAGUAGUCAGCUUGGAGGCGGUAUAGGGUUUGGCAAGAAAUUAAAUGGUGCUAGUCCACCCUCAAUCCCGGCCGUCGAGCUUCCCCGCGAGCACCAUGAUCGCCCUCCCCCGUCCAGCAAGGUUGGCACAUCCUCUGCCGCGCAAUCCCGCCGUGCAAAGAAUGCCGCCCAUCGAGCAGACGACGUCGAAUUCGCUUUCGAAAUCGGAAGUGGUCUUCUCACCGAAGUUCGCCGAUUGCAAUCAUUGUUGGGGGAAAGAGACAAGGCCAUUCAGGACAUGAAGGAGGAGAAGGACGACCUUGAGAAAAGUAUUGAAAGCCUCCGAACCGCUCUCAGACAGCAAGAGCAAUCGGCCGAUAAAUACAAGGAGGAGAACUGGAAUCUCGAAGUCACGUUGCAAGACCUUCGCACCAAUUACUCGGAUAUCCAAACCUCGCAGGCCAAGCUCGAAUCGGAACUCAAACGUCUCACCAAGACGCUAUCCGCCACGCAAACACAGUCCGAGCAACACAAAACCGAUGCGGAGCGACUUCAGACUCAGCUCGACGAACUCAAAGCCAAACAUGAAACGGAUAUCGCUCAGGCUAGGCGACACGCGGCAGGUUUGGCCAGGGACAAAAGCGACUUGCAGACCGUUAUCGAGAAGAUGAAGGUGGAGCAAUCCAAAUGGCAAUCGAUGUAUGGCGCUGGAGGGGUCACACGGAAGUACGGCAGUCCUUUGACUCCUGGGUACGGAAACAAGGACGAGGAGGAGGGAAAGAAUCAUGAAUAUCUCACUCCCGCCAUGACUGGCGACGAUGACGGGGACGUUUUUGGGACGACCGGUGGAGCCUCUAGGCGACGACCAGGAGCAGGCAACUCGGGUUUGGACCCCGCCUUUUUCAGCGAGUACGACCAGGACCAAGACGAUGACGGCACCCCCGACUCGCCCAUGGCUUUGAGGAAGCGAAGCAAAUUCCUAACCCCCAAUCACCCCGCCAAUGAAAUCGAAGCUCUCCAACAGCGGCUGGCUCAUGCUCAACGACAGAUCAACACUCUCAAAGGCAGUCUUAAGCGAGAGAAGAUGGCUCGAAUGAAAGCCGAGGGCAAGCACGUUCCCGAGAAUGUCGCGUCCGAUGACGACAGCAAUGUGGUCGACGAUAGGGAACCUGAAGACUUGGGGAACGACAGUGAAGAGGAUGGUGGCAAGAAGAAACGAAUGCCUACUCCUCAUCGUGUUGGCCGCGGCGGUCGGAGAGGUCGUGGACGAGGUGGUAUAACCCUUAUCCAACGUCUGGGUAUGGCCUCUCAAAGUCCAUCUUCACCCGAACGCCGUGACCAAGGUGAAGCCCCUCCGGUCCCGUCUAUCCCGAUGGAGUUCCAGCAACCUCUGUCCGACGAAGACGACGAAGAGUCUCGAUUCUUCAGUUCAUCCGUCUCCCACUCGACUAUGCAUCUUUCGGACUUGGAUCGCACUGGUAUUUCCCAGAUCCGCGACGAGCGCGAGCCUUCCGGUAUGGACGCCUCCCCUUCUCCCCGUAACUCUACCUCGAUCAACAUCAACACCUCCCACCGGACAUCGGUCGAUGGCAUGGAUCCCCUGUUCGCCAAUGUUCUCAAGCGCGUCCCCUCCACUGGUUCUACACAUUCCUACAGUGCCGGCAGUCCAUUGCGCCACAGCAUCCUUCGUGGCGGCUCGAGACGUGUCCGUGGCGGUAGCGUACGUGGCCGUGCGCAUGGUGCUAGCCUCCGAGAAAACGCCAGUGCGUUGAUGGCUAGGGAUCGGCCCAGCUCCAUCGCGAGCGAUGCCCAACCUGAGGUACUCGGUGAGGUUCUGGGCGAGUUCGGCGAGCAAGUUACUGGCGAGGGAAGCUACGCCGGGCAUCGAGCGUCCCUUAUCGGCCUUGUCGACGGUAUUGAAGAGGAAGACUUCGGUGUGGCUGGUGGAGUUGAAGUCGUCAAAGAGUGGGCAGAGUUUGGUAUUCAGACUGAAGACGAUGCCGGCAAUCAGACUGUUGCUGCACCUGAACCCAAGCCUGUCCCCGCCGAAGCAUCAAUGCAGACCGACCCCAUCCCUGAACCUGAACCGCGGAUCGUCACCGUCGAGAAGGAGAAAAUCGUUGAGGUCCCAGUCGAGAAGCUUGUCACGGUGGAGAAGAUUGUCGAAGUGCCAGUUGAAGUGGAGAAGAUUGUUACGGUGGAGAAGGUUGUCGAAGUUGACAAGAUCGUGGAGAAGAUCGUCGAAGUCCCUGUCGAGAAGAUCGUCGAGAAGACUGUCAACGUCCCGGUUGAAGUUGAGAAGAUUGUCAAGGUCCCAGUAGAGGUGGAGAAGAUUGUUGAGGUCGAGGUGGAGAAGCUCGUCGAGGUUGAAAAGGUGGUCACGGUUGAGGUUCCGGUCGAGAAGAUUGUGGAGAGGGUCGUGGAGAAGAUCGUCGAAGUCGAAAAACCUGUCGUACGACAAGAUGCCGGUUCUCAAACCAGCUUCACGUUAGACCAGUCGUCGACAACUGGAUUCCCGACCACCGACGUCUACGGUGAUCUUGUUGGACGCAAGCGGGAUGUCGCUGCACGCAACCGUGUCCUCUCCGAUGUCACCGUCGUCGGUCAACGCACCUUCCUCACUCAGCGAACUCACGACGACGACGGGGAUAUUGAUGAGGGCGAUGAGACAGAGACCGGCCUCGACACCGACGCUGAUUACCACGACGCUCGCCAGAGUAUCAUGAUGAAUACGCCAUCCGGAGAGUCACGAGAGGACUUCCACUCCAUCCUCACCAUGACCGACAACGAUUAUCCGUCUGACGAUGAAGAGGACGAGAUGCACAGCAUCCAGGCAUCGAACUUCUCUCAGCACCACCGUGGAUCGUCUGUUGGCUCAACCACCUCUUUCCACGCCAACGUCCCUGUACCUGUUCGACAUGUCGACUAUGAGUCCGUUGGAGUGUCUGCCAAUUUCGUGGAGCCUCGCCCUCCUACACCGGAGCCAAUUGUCAAGAUCGUCGAGAAGAUUGUGGAAGUUCCGGUUGUUCAGAAGGUUCCUGUGGAGGUCAAGGUUGAGAUUCCAGUCGAGGUUGAGCGAAAGGUUGAGGUGCCGGUGGACAGGAUUGUCGAGAAAGUCGUUGAGGUUGAGAAAAUUGUCGAAAAGGUCGUUGAGGUGCGGGUACCAGCACCCAAGCCGGAGACCACCGAGAUUUCCAUCCAGACAGACCAAGUUCCUCUUUCUCCCGUCACUACGAUCCCUGGACUCCCUCCCACACCCAUUUUCGUUGCUCCCUUGCCCGGCUCGACGUCCGCACCACCUGCCUCCCCUGGCGGUCUCUUCCGUGUGGGCUCCACCAAGCAGCAAUUCCAGUUCAUCGCUCCAUCGCCACCAUCCUCGCAACCCACUCCCAGUUCGGGCAUGUCACCUGCGGCCGUCUCACCCGCCCUUCCCAAUUCGAGCCUGUUCGGUCAGUCGCGCGGUGCUCGUAUGUCUGCUCACGACAGAAGACAGUCCAUCGAAUCCAUGAUUUCCAACUUGACCGGUGAUGAGAACCCACGCUCUCGCGUUCCCUCUGUGUCUGCGUUGAAUGUCGUAGACAAGACCAAGCCGCCGAUGAUGAUGCUCCCUCCACCGCCCAAGGCACCACCGCCACCGAACAACAUGCCACCACCUUCGUUCAUCCCGGAGAGGAAACACCAUCUCUCAGACGCACCGCCCCCCAGACCCAGCUCUCCCCCACCUCCCGAGCUCAUCCAAAGGGCCACAACACCCACUUUUGGAAGUGCACUUGGCCUUCCAAAGGGUGCUUACCGUGCAGCUGGAUCGAGUAUGCCUCCUUUGACAGGAGGGUUGAAACAGCCUCCGUCGACGAGCAGCUUCAGAUCGGCUGCAGGUGGUGCCUCCACCUACGGUACCAUGACCAUGGGUCUUGGUGGUUUGUCUUCGCAUAGUGUUCGGGAAAGUGAAAAGGAGCGGAGAGAGUACUCAACUACCUCCCUUGCUUCUGAUCGCAGCGGCAUGGCCUCCCCUCGCUCUUCCAUCUCCUCCGAUGUUCAUCCUUUCACGACACCUAGCGGAAGAGCCCCUGUUACUCCAGAAAAGACUGCGGACAUCACUCCCAAGGCCAAUCACAAUACUCAAUCCACGGAUCCCACUGUGAUUCACGCCAUUACACAGACGAUGAUCGGCGAGUUCCUGUACAAGUAUACCAGGAAGACCAUUGGGAAGGGACAUGGUCAGUCCAGGCACAAGCGGUUCUUCUGGGUGCACCCUUACACGAAGACUCUCUACUGGAGUUCGGCUGACCCUGGGUCGUCGGGUGUAUCCGAGUCGAGUGCCAAGAGUGCCUACAUCGAGGGCGUCAGAUCGGUUCUCGAUCCCAACCCCAUGCCACCUGGUCUUCACCAAUACAGUGUGAUCAUUACCACCGCCAACCGGGAAAUGAAGAUCACUGCCCCCACCAAGGAACGGCACGAUAUUUGGCUCAACGCCCUCAAAUAUCUCCUUUCCCGGCCCAACCCCGCCAAUAUGACCUCGCCCGCCGCCGACCGAACUGCCAUGCCACAAAGCCCCGACGACGCUACCGACGAUGAGCGACGGCAUCAACUACUGGCUAGCCCAACCCGCAAUGCCCGACCCCACCGCAACGGUGACACCUGGAAUACGACACCUCGCGGGCAGCGCAGUCGCUCUCAGCUCUCCAUCAACCGGUCUGUCGGAAAACGGUCAGGGACUCCUGCAGUGGAGUAUCUAAGAUGGAACGCGCCAGAAAGCCCAUACAGUCCGGAUAGGUCAUUCGUCGACGUCCCCGACCAGAACGACUCGGACGAGCUGGACUUUGAGCUUCAUGGUGAUUCUCGCUCGGACGAAGGCUACGAAGGCUUGGAGAACGUGAGGGCAUGCUGUGAUGGUCGACAUACCGUUGGUCGCAGUGGUCGCAUUCAUCACCAUCAUCACGAUCACAACCACAACCACAGCAACUUCAACACCAUCACUCGACGUCAGAGCUCUGACCACCAACACCUUGAACCUCAAGCUAUGGACCCUCGCCCUGCUUCUCCUGCUUGGUCAUUCCGAUCGCGAACGGGAAGUACUCAAUCCCACGAGGGUGGAGGAGGUCUGUUCUCCUGGGGACGCGGUGACUCCGGUAAACUGCGAUUCGGGUCGAAACGGUCGACAAAAACGUCCCUUGUCCCUCAAGAGUCUUGA